GAGAGGGAGGGGCCCCAGCGGCCGCAGUUGGGCGAGGAAGCUGCGGGGGUCGACCUUUGCGCCAGGCGGGGCCGGGUCGGGUUGGGUCCUUGGCAACUCUUCACCCAGAGGCACCGCCGCGCAGGAGCCAAGCCGCCGCUAUGGACGUCCCGCCGCUGGCGGGCAAGAUCGCAGUUCUGUCGCUCGGCGCCCUCCCGUUGUCCUACGCGCUCAACCACCUCUCGGCGCUCUCAUACUCCCUGGGGGUGGUGUUGAUGAGCGCCCUGAUCCUGGGUCUGCUAUUCUUGGCUAUAUACAGCUUGUCCCGCAGUGACAUUUACUACGACCCACUCUAUGCUGUCUUUGCAGUCUUCGCCUUCACCUCCGUGGUGGACCUCCUUAUUGCUCUCCAGGAAGAUGGCUAUGUGGGAGGCUUCAUGGAGUUCUACACUAAGGAGGGUGAGUCAUACCUUCGCACAGCACACGGGCUCUUCAUCUGCUACUGGGAUGGCAUUGUUCACUACCUCCUCUACCUGGCCAUGGCCGGUGCCAUCCGUAAAAGGAAAAGGUACCGGAACUUUGGACUCUACUGGCUGGGAUCCUUUGUCAUGAGCCUCCUGGUCUUCCUCCCAGGAAACAUCCUUGGCAAAUACAGCUCAGAGAUCAGGCCCACCUUUUUCCUCACCAUCCCCUACGUGCUGGUCCCAUGCUGGGCUGGCUUUAGGGUCUUCAACCAGACCCAGGCAUCAACCUGCUGCACCCCCAACAUGGUGCAGGAGGAGCAAAGAAAGAGCCUUCUGUGGCGCCCAAUUGACCUGGCCCUCAUCAUAUAUCUCACUUUUGCUGCAUUCUUCACCCUCUUUCGGGGCCUGGUGGUGCUUGACUGCCCCAUGGAUGCCUGCUUUGUCUACAUCUAUCAGUAUGAGCCAUACCUGCGGGACCCCGUGGCCUAUCCGAAGGUGCAGAUGCUGGUGAAUAUGUUCUAUGUGCUGCCCUUCUAUGGCCUGGCUAUCUAUGGCCUCAUCUUUCCUGGCUGUUCCUGGCUGCCAGACUGGACCUUGGUGUUUGCUGGAGCCAUUGGCCAGGGUGAUGCUAGGUCCCUGACAGACUCCAGCCCCAGCUCAAGAUUCCCUAAUGUAGAGAAGAAAGAGCUAGACACAUACACUCCCAACCUCAAAAGGCACAGUUCUCACACAUGGGUGCCUCCAUGCAUCUACGCACGCCCUUCACCUACCGUGUGCCUGAGGAUAACUGGGCCUGCUUCUUCACGUGCAACCUACUGUAUGCGCUGGGCCCCCACUUGCUGGCCUUCCGCUGCCUGUGGCGCCCUGCCUUCUUCCUACACCCGCCUCCUGGCCCCCCAGCCCACCACGAGAAGCAGCACUGAGGGGGCCAAGAGACUCCCCAAGACUCUGUUUACAUGCCCAGCCAGCCCUGCCCCUAGAAGGCUGUUUUGGGAUUUUUAGAGGAGGAGGUGUAUCUCUGGGUGACUUCAGUUCUGGCUAUGGUGAUUUCAGGCCAGUGGGUGGGAUGGGGGUGGAGGGGCCCAAGGGCCGGUUGUUCGAGCAGAGAGGGCCACAGCCAUACUCAGCUAUCACCUCACCCAAACCACACAUGGACACCCUCCCAGAAUUCAUCCAUUGUUUCCCCAUGGAUCCUUUUAGUAAAAGUCCUUUUGAUGUAUAAAAU